CUGCACAGUACGAGUCCUCCCAGGCGCCUUGGGGGUGGUGCUCGCGCUCUGCUGGUUACGCUUACGGCUGCAGGCUAGUUCCGGAAGGGCUGCCCAUCUCCAACCAAUCGCCCUCGCUUGAUAUCGCCGUUCGUCUCUUAUCUUCAGCCAGCACACGACCUUCACUUCUCUCUCACCAGCUGCAACAGUCCAAACAUCAACCCAUCAUAUCCACGGGGUAUUCAUUCGCUGAAACCAUCUCCCCCCCUCCAAAAUCCCCAGACGGUGCUCCGUAACAGGGCUGCAUCAUCAUGCCAUCCGCUGCGUCUUCCUCUGAUCUAUUGUUCCCUCUAUUAUUGCUAUCUCAGUUGCUUCACUCCCAGCUGCCUCUCUACAGAAACCCCUGAUUCAGCCUUAUUCGAUCCACCCUCUGCUCUAGGCUGCUCCGGCAUGCCCCCCGGAUCCGAUUCUCUCGUCCGCCGAUAUUCCUAAUCAACAAAUAUCUACUCCUCCAGGUCUCUCCCCCGUAGACCAUCCUGCGGACAUCGCCAUGAUGAUGGUCCCUAGGGCUUUCGCCCACAACCCACUGGCACAGAGGCAACAAACCAUCGACUUCAAUGAGAAAGAGAAGGACAGGUUAUCAUCCCGAAGGCAGCCGCGAGACACCGCCCCUCGACCACCUCCUACCCGUUCAGCUCUCACCCAAGUUCUUUCUCAAGAGCCAGCCGAUUCUCCCCUCAGACCCUCCUCAGACCCCGUCAGGAUACCUUCGCGGACAACGGAGACACGGACUCACAUCAUACCUCGACAGCCAGUCAGCUCCUCCCAGUCGUCAAGACAUCUCUCGCCCGGAAUUGCCGGUUCUCAGUCACUGGAAAUUCCAAGGAGGAAACAAUCAGCCCACGAGGUCUUGACCUCGACUACUAUUCCGGUUCGACGAAAGCCCAAGCAAAGAUCGAGCCAACGCCUGCCAAACUGUGAUUACGUCGCAGAUUUUAGUAAACUCUUGAGGGAUGAUGUACUGCCUAGCACUGAUGCGAGUCCAUCAGGGAGUUGGACAAACCCACAAUUUGAAGGACUGUUUGGAAAUAUUGACGGCCUCGUCGAGGGCCAAAUGAUUGUGGGGAGUGAGAGCCUCGACCCGGGGAUCCUGUCCGCGAGAUCACUCUCGACCGAAUCGAUGCCUUCUCUAUCUUCACCAGACGACUUUAGCAGUCUUUCUCCCGCAACCAUCAGGUCUCCUUCUGAUCAGCGGUUGCGGCAAAUGGCCAGUUCAGAGGAUUGCAGCAACGAGCAUCCCCUCCUGCCCAAGGACGAGGAUGAGAAUUUUAGUGGAGCGUCGACGCCCGAACUUAUCAUUUCACCACCGGCCAGGAUGAGACGAAGGCCAAUCAUCCCUGAUAAAAGACAAAGUUCGUUCAAGUCGAGUCUGACGGCAUCUCUCAAAGCGCUCAAGUCUGCUGCUCAAACCGUAUCUGAUUUGGCAAGCUACCCGCCGCCGAUGCAACCAGACGAGCUCCUUACAAGAUCUGUCUUCGAAUUCAGGCCCUCCCUCACCGACGACCGACGACCUCCGCCAUCAGACGAACCACCCUCGGCAGCACUCAGAAGGUAUCUGAACCCACGUACAUUCGUCCCGCCUGACUCCCCCGCCCAAUUGCAUUUCUGGGUCGACGAAAAGCCCAUUGCACCUUCAUCAUCUGGUUUGGACACGCGACCAAAACUCAAAAUCAAGAAGAAAUACCGAAGUCAGAGAUCGCUUGCCCCUCCUGCCAACGAAGCUGCCCCAUUUCUGGCUUCCAAGAGUGUCGUCUCCCAACUCCCCCCUGUCGUCCAGCUUGCAACAUGCAUUCCCUCGACGAUCCGCACCGCGCACGCCUCUAGCCCGCCAACUUGGCUCGAACCUGACGGCACUCCGAGCAACAAGUACCGUGCCGCCCAGACGUUGUGGGCCGAUCCCGAGAAUGGCAUAGAAGAAGGUCAGCCGCGAUCACGCGAGCCUCGAGAGAAUCGAGAUUUCUUACGAGUUUUUGUGUGUGAGAUGAACAUGCGCAAGAGUGGAAAAUUGAGCGACGAUGCCGUGGGCCAUGCAAAGUUAUGGUUGCCGCCUGUUGAUGAGACGUCGAAGAGCAAAGACAAGGAGUCGGGUGACCUGGACGGGAAGAAGGCUGUAAAAGGGAAGGGAAGAAUGAUAGACGCGAGGGAAAGGUGGAGGAGUUGGUCAAUCGAAGAUUUGUAACACCUUACAGAUGGAUGGUUCGUUCGGAGAUUGCUGUUUUUACCUAGGUGACGGCGGCCUGGAGCAUAGAAUUGACAGGGAAGGGACACGGACCCGGUCCCCAAAGGACCACCAUGACGAAUGAUGACUGCAAGCGAUGAAUACCGGCUACUGGAUGAAUGCAUGAAGUGAAGCGAGCCCGGUCGAAUCCCUUUGGGGAGGACAAAAGAAACUGUACAAUACAUCAGCAUUGAUCUUUUUCCUGUACAACGAAACAAGGAUUGUUGGGCUUCAGAUACGACUCGGACCUUGUGAGGGACCCGUGACGAAAGGAAGUUGUCUCUAUGGAAAAGUAGUCUGAGCGCUGUUUCGCGAUAGGUAUUUGUACGGAAUACAUGCCUUGAGAUGGCUGGAUAUUCAAUACUACGUUCACGGCAUGUUUUAGGAUCCCCGACUGCCGAGGGCAUGGAGGGGGAACAACUCCC